AGAGAGAGAGAGAGAGGGAGAGAGAGAAAGGGAGAGAGGCAGAGAGGUAGAGAAAGCGUGCACAACGCAGCAGGGGAAAGAAGCAGAGAGGGUGUGUGCAGUGUGUGUGUGUGUGAGCGUGUGACAGAGGGCGGGAGCGUGACGGACGGACAGAGAGAGAUAAAGUGUGAGAGUGAAGGAGAUAGCUAGAGUGGAAGUGGAGUGGAAGAGGGAGUAGUGAGAGAGAGAGAGAGAGAGAGAGAGAGAGAGAGAGAGAGAGAGAGAGAGAGAGAGAGAGAGAGAGAUUUAUCGGUGGAGCUGAAAGUUGCUGUCUGAACUUUUUGCGAGAGUUGUUUUGGAUUUGGAUUGACUGUUUGGAGGGGAGUUGUACCAGCCCAAGCCAAGCCUUCAGAGAGAAAGAACCCUUCAACUCUACACUGGAAACUCUGACAGAAGUGGAGGGCCCAUAAGAACACUGCAGAGUGUGCUGCUGCUCCGAGCCAGGCUUCUCUCUCGCAGCUCCACUCAGCUUUACUCUCACACCCACCAGCCUCUUACACACGCUCACACUCUCAGACACACACUCGUUCGUCACCACCACCACCACCACCAGCACCAGCACCAGCAGGAUGGGCGAAGACUCCACCCGCGCCGAGGCAAGUUGCUCCGCCACCCUCCCCGCCAACAUGCCCUCCGAGACGGCCGCCGUCGCUGCGGACCCCCAACCACCACCAUCACCACCAGCAUCCCAACAGGAGGAUCCCCCUCUACUCAUCCCCAGUUUCAGCAGCGUCAACUCGGCACCCUCCUCCCCCGGCGGCACCCUGAAGCGCCUGAGCAUGGCCCUGAAAGCCGGUCCCGCCGGCCCCACCCCCAUGAGCCCGACGUCCCCGACCGGCGGGCAGGUGAGCGCCAUCACGGUGGUGGCCCUGCUGGACCGGCUGGUGGCCAUGAUGGAGACGGUGCAGGAGAACCAGCGGCGGGCCGAGCGGCGCCAGGCCGAGCUGGAGACGGCGGUGCGGACGGUGCAAGGGGACGUGACGCGGCUGGCCAAGCACCACACCGGCACGGCCAACAGCGUCAACAAGCUGCUGGAGAGGUCGCGGAAGACGGGCGGCCACGUCAAGGAGGUGCGGGAGCGGCUGGACCGGCAAGGCACGCAGGUGAAGAGGCUGGAGGCCAACCACGCGCACCUGCUCAAGAGGAACAACUUCAAGGUCCUCAUCUUCCAGGAGGACCAUGAGAUCCCCUCCUCCCUCCACCUGAAGGAUCCCGGAACCAUUUCCGUGCGCGAGAGCCAGGGGGAGGAUGUGUCGGUGGGUCACCCGCCCACCCCCAAUGCAGACACGGCCACCAACCACCACUCCCACGAGGAGGGCCUGCAGACCAUCAGCCUCACGUCUGACGAUGAUGAGGAGGAAGUGGGCAUGGCCGCCGGUACCAACCUGUCCAGCCCACGCGGCGAAGGCUACCUGGAUGAUGAUGAUGAUGACGACGACGGGCUGCAGGCACUCAGCUCCGAGCGCCCAGAGCGGUCGAGGGCAGACAAGCUGAAGCGGUCUAGCCUGAAGAAGGUGGACAGCCUGAAGAAGGCCUUCUCCCGCCAGAGCAUCGAGAAGAAGAUCAACAAGAUCGUGCCGCCCGAGCGCCGCGAGAAGAUCAAGAAGAGCUUCACACCCAACCACCCCAAGAGCCCCACCGCCAAGAGCUCCUCCUUCAAGGUCUCCCCCAUGACCUUCACCGUCAAGAAGGUCAGGGACGGCGGGCCAGGAACAGGAGCAGCCGGGGAGCCCGUGUCGCCCGAGGCCCACGUGGACGUACCCUCGCUGGGAGGGCCCAGCGGCGAGCUGUCCCUGGCUGAGGUCCACUCCCUGGACGACAAGGAGAAGGGAGCCAAGGAGGCCUCGGCUUCCAGCAGCUUGGAGGUCGGGCUGUCCGUGGAUGGAGAGAUCGACGGAGAGCUGAACGGAGAGGUGGAAAGGGUGGCCACUGCAACGCUGGCUGUGGAGGAGACCGUUCCGGAUCACAUUGAGGUGGAUGAUGAUGAUGAUGAGGAGGAAGAGGCUGAGCAUAACGGUGAAGCGAGUCCCGUGGCAUCGCCUGUGUCUCCUGCCAGCCCUGUUAACGCAGCAGUGGCUGUGGAACAAGCCUCUUAAAUACGUCUUUAAUCAUGGGCUAGCUCCUCACACUCUCCCCCCUUUAGAUUAGAAACACCAUAUUCUACUCACUUCGACAUAAGAGUUUAUAUAUAAAGCAAUAAAAUGAGAUCUUGUCAUAUUCCAAUGGAAACCUGUUGACCUUUAUCAUAAACUGUUUCAACAAUAAGACACAAAAAAGUUUACUAUUAGCAAAAAAAGCAACAUAUCUCAUGUUAUACCUAUAGCGACUGUGCCUCUAUCCUGUGAUCAAGAAGGCUGUGCUUGAGUCCUCAUUGCCUAUUUGCAAGCCUCAAGAGAGACGUACACGGACAUUUAAAUGUUUCUUUUUCCAUAAACAAUCAACAACAACACCCAGACCAUCUCUGUUUCCCUCCCUAUCGCUAAAGUCACGCAUAAAACAACAUCUGGUCUGACAGAUCGCACAGACACUGUUGCAUUGGUUUGAACCACGAACAUACAUUCCCUCCACAAUACAAAGCAACACUACAUAAACGUCUUCUCAUAAAACAAGUGCCGGGAAAAAGAUGGCAUUGUUUUCCUCCCCGCUUUUGUUACCGUGGGACAUAUACAUGUUUACACCCCUCGUCACCUAAGGGGGGACAGCGAAGUUGCCAGAGAUAUCACCAUGGUUACGGGCCAUUCCACCAACAAUGUUCCAAUUACAGCUUCCUUAAUCAUGUGGGGUGGGGAGCAGCAAACAAUGACAGACUCUCAGGCAGGCAUGUUUACCAUCCGACCAACAACAUACUCUCUCGCUGUCCCAGACACACACACACACACACACACACACACACACACACACACACACACACACACACACACACACACACACACACACACACACACACACACACACACACUAUAGUUACAAUAUAAACCGUAUAGUUAACAAAACCCACUAAGUCCUUGCUGUGGGUAUGGUAACGGGACGUAAAGAGGAAGCUUAUGUGUUGUUGUUAAGCAUGGCAUUCCGCAGAGUUCUCCACAUUUGCUGAGUAAUAGGCCUCUGGACGCAUUUCUGGAAUUUUAGCCAAGCCAGAGUGAGUGGAAAACGUCCGGACUUGUCAGCAAUUAAGGCCUAUCUCGGGAGAGAGAUCCCCCCACCACACCCCACCCUCACCAGAUCUGACUGUGUGAAGAGGGACGUCUUUAUUAUGCGUCACCAGCAGCAAUUAAAUAGUUCAGGUUCUCCAUGGCACCUUUAGUUGGCAGAAGAACCUGAAUCUGAAUUGACUCUUGCAGGGCCUUCAUGAGCUGGCAUACACACACACACACACACACACACACACACACACACACACACACACACACACACACACACACACACACACACACACACACACACACACACACACACACACACACACACACACACACAGACACAGUGACAGAAAGUCCAAGUUCACACAAACACACACUAGAACUGGGUAAAAGAUAGAGCACACCCACACACAGUGACAGAAAGACAGAUCCGUGGGUGCGCGUGCGCACACACACACACACACACACACACACAGAGAGAGAGAGAGAGAGAGAGAGAGAGAGAGAGAGAGAGAGAGAGAGAGAGAGAGAGAGAGAGAGAUGUGCACAUACACACACAUUGGGUGAAAAAGAAACAGAGGGAAACAUUCCUUGGCUUUUCCUGACUGAUCGCUUGGCACCGGCCCCAUGUUUCCACCAUGAGCGGGUGGUGGGAGAUGGGAGACAGGAGAUGGAGAAGAAGCAUCAGGGAGGGAGGAUAAAGCGGAGGAAGGAAGGAGGGAGGACAGGGAGGUGGAGGAGAAGAGGAUUCUGUCGAGGAUGGUGGGAUUGAUGGCAUAGUUUCCACUGGGAGAGGCUGGGUAUUGGAUGGGGUUGGUGGGG